AUGUCUCAAGCGAAAAUGGAUGAGUUGCAGCUAUUUCAUGGUGAUACGGUGACUAUAAAAGGAAAGAAACGGAGAGAUACAGUCUGCGUGGCUCUAGUAGACGAGACUUGUCAAGAUGAUAGGAUUCGUUUUAACCGAUGCGUGCGUAAUAAUUUGCGAGUGAGAAUCGGAGAUAUUGUGACAGUUGUCGGUCGCCCUGAUAUAGUCUAUGGGAGGCGAAUUCACGUUUUGCCCAUAGACGACACAAUAAUUGGUCUUACAGGGAAUCUAUAUGAAGUCUUCAUAAAGCCUUACUUUUUGGCUGCCUACCGACCUAUUCGUAAAGAUGACGUUUUCAUUGUACGUGGUGGAAUGCGCGCCGUUGAAUUCAAAGUGACUGAAACAGAUCCUUCACCCUAUUGCAUUGUUGCACCCGAUACUACUAUACAUACAGAAGGUGACCCUGUGAAACGAGAGGAUGAAGAAGAAAGAUUGAACGAAAUAGGCUACGAUGACAUUGGAGGUUGCCACAAACAACUAGCACAAAUCAAGGAGAUGGUGGAGUUACCUCUGCGUCACCCACAAUUGUUCAAAGCUAUAGGUGUUAAACCUCCACGUGGUAUACUACUCUAUGGACCUCCUGGCACUGGAAAGACUUUAGUUGCACGAGCAGUAGCUAACGAGAGUGGAAGCUUUUUCUUCUUAAUCAAUGGGCCCGAAAUCAUGUCAAAAUUGGCUGGAGAGUCAGAAUCUAACUUGCGCAAAGCGUUUGAAGAAGCAGAGAAAAAUGCACCAGCUAUAAUUUUCAUCGAUGAGCUUGAUGCUAUUGCUAUUGUAGUUGAUCAUAAGGUGUCGUCAUCAUCUCCGUUUUCUUUAUAUUCAUCUGAAGUCCUGUCUUCGCCGAUGAUUAGUUUUAUGGAUACCUUGUUAAAUAUAAAUAUGAAUGUGAAACUCGUAGAAAGACUGACUGCUUUCAAAGUAGAAAUUUGA